CUCUGUACACAAACGUGUUAAACCCCCACCUCACACUCUGUACACAAACGUGUGUUAAACCCCCACCUCAUACUCUGUACACAAAGUGCACUCACCUAGAGAUAUUUAUAUUCAACUGUCCUCAUUAUUAUGAAGCACUUUUAUAGCUUCAACAGUGUUCUGGUUUCUAUAGAAACAGCUCGUCCAUAGAGACUUGUACAGCAGAUGCUCCACACAGACAGAUUAAAAAAUGUGUGUUAUCCUUGAUAUGGUGAAGUUUUCUGUAAGGAGAUAUUUAUUUAACAUUUAUUGGAAGGAGUCUCCAGUGUCGGUGCUUUGUAACACUCAGGUAAGUUUUCGGACAUCUUCAGGACAGAGGAGUUUACACUUUUUGAGGUUUCAAGAAGACUUGACCGUCACUCAUUUUGUAAGUAAGUGAAAGGAAAUAUGUGAUGGGCAAUACAGGUCAGGUGGUAAAGACUGAAAAUUCCUUCCACUAAAUAAAUCAGGACUUGAAAGGACGACUUUAGGAAGUGAAAGUGCACUGCUACACAUAUCUGAAUAACAGUUUCUGUGCUGUUUCCGACAUUUCAGGCCACAUUUCUUUUUAAAGACUGUUACUCGCCACACUGUACAAGAUCCCAACAGACUCUGUGAUAACGUGUGUUCUCCAGGUCAGAUUACACAAUGAUGAUAGAGAUCCAAGAAAAUCACUACGUUCUGCUCACGUUAUCAAUCAGCAUGAGCUGGGAAAUGAUCUCGUGCAGAAAAUGGGCUCGCGUAAACGCAAACGUUCUUUAAAGUGAGCUUGAGAUAGUCCUUUUCAAUCUAUUUGCGUGUUUCAUUGAUGUUCCUGAUUAACUCCGCGGUGUUCAGAGGAGCGGGCCGAUUUUUCUAAAUUACCGCAGCUUUUCCACAGAUUUGGGCCAAGACGCGUCAUGUAACAUCCUCACAUCAGGUGGGGGUUUAACACACUUUUGCGUACAGAGUGUGAGGUGGGGGUUUAACACGUUUGUGUACAAAACCCUCUUCGGUUCACGUGUGUCGAACACGAGUGCAGCUAAAAGGUCUCGUUUACAGACAAACAUGAGUGAAAAAAUGCGUGCAAAACGAUUUCGUGCAAUUGCAUUUUCGUCAAUUCGACUAGAAAGUGCACAUCUGCUCGGAUUUAAACUUUUGUUUUUCAUGAAAUCUUUAUUUUUACAGGUUAACACUGACAUGGACACGAAUAUAUUUCACACAGCAGCACAUAUGAAAGUGUUAGUGGUUUCUGCAGGACUUUCACACAGUCAGUGUGCUGUAACAUUAAUAGCAACACCGUGCUGCGUAAAGAACAUGCUCCAGCACACACUUCCUUUCUAUCAGUUACUACAGCAGUCUGAUCGUCAUUACAAUACGACUGCUGUCGUUUUUACAGAUCGCUCCCGCUCUGUUUACUCAGAGAUUCUAGUUUAAUGAAGAGUGCAUGUUUCCAUGUUUUUCCAGAGUGCUCCAAACUGAGGAAGUGUGUGUUGGUGGCUAAAACAAGUAAAUGUGACUGUUUCAGCUAAUGGACCAAUCAAAUCAGUCCACAGCUUCAAAACAUCCAAUCAGGCGUGAGUCUGGACCUGCUUUUCUACUGAACUCACAAGUUCAUUACUUCACUAUCACUUUGUCUAAACAGGAACGAUGAUCACACUCUUUGUCGCGCUUUACUCUCUUUUUUCUCUCCGCACAGCUGUAAAAACGUCUGACAUCAAGGAGCUUCAUGUGAAAACAGUAACGCGUGGAGAAAAUGUAACUAUGGAGUGUAGCAUGAGCAUGGUCAAAAAGAAAAAUAAUUUAGUUUGGUACAGACAGAGUUUUGGAAAAGUGCCUCAGUUUCUGGCAAAACCAUACAGUAGCACUUUGGGCUACACAUUUGAUACGGGAUUUAACGACAUCCGCUUCAGUAUGACUGUAAAUGACCAGAAGUUUGAGCUCAACAUUAUCGGAACGAGAGAAGAUGAUGGAGGAGAAUAUUUCUGUGGAGAAGUGGAGGGAAAUAUGAUAAGGUUCACAUCUGGAACACGUCUGGAAUUUCAAGAUGAAGAAACCAAACACCAUCCUACAAGCAGAAAGUUGAACACAAGUUCUGUUCCACUCCCGCAUUCAAACAGCAGCCGUGUAACAGGUGAGAGCUGUACUGAUAACAUUCAGAUCUUCUUCUGGCUCUCCAUUUCAAGAACCGGAGUUCUCGUCAUUACAGUUAUUAUCCUUACAAUACUCCACAUGGUUUUAAAAUUAAGAUCUUAAACUUGAUAAAAUUGUGUUUUAAUGUGUUGGUCGAACUGUAUUUUCUCUCUUGUUCUUGCUCUGUGAUUCUGUUCAAAUGUUUUCUGCAACAACAAAAAAUAUAGUAUAUAUAUAUAUAUAUAUAUAUCUCAUUGGAGCUGUGCGUGUACUGUAUCGCUAAUAUCUACCGUGAUAAUAACUCUCACAAGAUGCUGCCUUGAGUUCCUGUUGGUCUUGAUUUCUCAUAAUGCCUCUGUUUUUCCCCGAAUAAAACCACUGAACUCACCGACGUGGUCGUCACAUCCGCCAAACUCGUGCACGCAGACUUUCAAGGUCGAAAGGGAAACGAUCUGAAUGCUAAUUGCUGCGCUAAACACAGUGCUGUGAUAAUUACAGAGCGUACGCUGCAGCAGAUAGAACACAGUCCUGGGUAUUAGUUCUCAUUCUCACUGUCACAUCUGUAUGAUUUUAGAGAAGUGUAGAGAGUAAAAAGGCAACAGCGUUCGGUGAAUUAAAAACGUAAGUUCAGUACAGAAACUUACCAACCAAACUUACUGAACGUAUCGUAGCAAAGUCUUUCCCACCUCUGGAGAGGAUUUACAUCCAGUAACAGAGACCAAUAUAUCACACAAUGUGCUGUUUAUCAGCUGUAUGAGGAAAAUAAGCUGACUAGGGAAAGAAAGAAAGAAAAAAAGAAAGAGUGCUACCUUUUAUUUGAAAAAAUCAAGGGUCAGGGUUUCAUGUAAUAUUGUUAUCAAAAAUAAAACCCAAUUACAGCAUUCAGUGUGUGUGUGUGUGUGUGUGUGUGUGUGUGUGUGUGGGUGAGAUAACACAUCUUAGAGGAACUCAGGAAAUGAGUUCUCACGUUGAUUAUCAGCAUCAUCCACAUCAGUGUGUCUCAUUGUCACGAAUCGUGACGGAGCAG